CAGUUAUCGGGAAAUAUGGCGUGAAGUUGGCACGAAGAUGGUUGUCGCGAGUUACGAAAGAGUCGACGAUUUCUCGCGGGGAAGUCGCUUCCCGAUCGUCCGGAAAAGUGCCGCACUGCUGUUUUCCCCUUUGGAACCAGCCAGCGGAAGGCAGUGCAAUGUUAUACGACAUCAAGUGGAUCAUACCGAAGCUUCGUAACUCGAGCAGCCUCUGGAACAUCGCGAGCAGUAUAACCUUCGCGGCAGUAGGGAUUUUCUCUAAAAUCAUUAUAGGUAGAAUUCUGUAUCCGCCCAACGAAGGGCACAGGAAAUCAGUCGUUGGCCCUUGCCGGCCUUUCAAAUGGCUAAACAAAGCGACGGUGUACAACAAGCAUAUUAUGACACGGGCGCUAGACUGCCGGCCGAAAAAUGUUCCUCUCAUCACCAUUUCGAACCAUCACAGUUGCUUCGACGAUCCAGGCAUCUGGGCGACCCUGGACCUGAGGCAUCUCCUGAGUCGACGUAAGAUGAGAUGGUCGCUCGCCGCGCACGACAUUUGUUUCACGAAUACCUGGCAUUCCUACUUCUUUAUGCUGGGCAGGUGUAUUCCUGUGAUCAGGGGCGGCGGAAUAUAUCAGGAAGCUAUGGACUUCUGCGUGGAGAAGCUCGCCUCCGGGGACUGGCUGCACGUUUUCCCCGAGGGAAAAGUCAACAUGCUCAAGGAGGACAUGAGAUUAAAGUGGGGCGUGGGAAGGUUAAUAAUGGAAUCACCUGUUACACCCCUAGUAAUUCCGAUCUGCCACCUCGGCAUGGACGAUGUCCUUCCGAACGAACCGCCGUAUUGGCUACGAAUGGGUAACAGGGUCACCAUGAACUACGGCGACCCCAUAGAUUUUAGCGAUCUGAUGGAAAAGCUGCGCGCGUCGAAAGCGAGCGUGUUGGAAACUAGAAAAGCGAUUAUAGAUCGAAUCCAAGAGGAGCUUCAACGAUUGAAGACGGUGACCGAGAAACUUCAUGAGAAGUUAUGAUGAUCGCUUGGGGCCAUCAGAUUGCGACCCCGAUUAGCUCUAAUUUAACAAAAGAGAAGAUAACGAUAACAAUCGAAUUAAUGACAAUAAUGACCGUAGGUGGUAUACGUGCUGGGAUUUUUAAUGAGAGGGAUCACCUAUGGACGACAGUUUAAUAAUACUUGUGUAGAUGUGCAAUAUAAUACACAGAGACUGGGACAGCAGUGUUAAACUCUUCAGAAAAAGAAAAAAAAACAAGCUACGCUCAUGACAGUUGGAUUCGGCUGUUGGUUUUACACGUUGACUGCCGCGUCGUCUAAUACGCCGGCGACGCGAAUUAUUCGUGCAGAUGUAAAAACUUGAGAAUCUUUUUACUGUGAUGAAGCGAGCGCGCCAAAUUCGGUUAGAACGUAAGAAUGUAUAAAGCGUAAACCGAUCUUUAUAAAUUUCCACUUUUGAUAUCUAUUUUGCUAAAUACUGAAAUCCUUUGGCUUUGUUACGUUCACCGGUGUUCGUCAGUCAACGUGUUAAAUGCAAGUCCUGCCGACUUAAUCAAGAAUGCCAUAUACGUUCUCAUGGUGACAGAAUUGCGUGGAUAGCGUUGUAUAUACAUUACAUAUGUGUACAUAGGACUAACCAUGUUACAUAAAGACUCGCGCAGAUUGUGAAUAGAAGAUAUUUUUUAAAAUCGAAUCAUAAAUUACAAAAGCUCCUGAACACGUAAUGUGAAAAACUUCGCCGUUGUGUUGUACGAUAGCUAGCUCUGGUCUCCUCGUACGCUUACUUCAACGACUGUGGAAACAACGACUGCGUAACACAAUUUUAUGCGUUCGCCGUAUUCGUUUUUAUGUAUUGUACUACCGAACGAAGAACGGAGAUGAGGAAAGAUGAAUAAUUUUGUAUCGAUGCGCGUGAACACGAAAUACGAUUAUACACGAAGAAAGGAAAUACCGUUCUGAAUAUACAAGACGCACGUCCGCGGAAAAGUAGUUUCCUCGGAAUCAAACUAAUUCGAGUGCCUUCGAAAACGAGCCGUGUAACUGAUUGCACGCGCACAAAACGAGACCAGUUGUACUGCUCACGGUUACAAUCACACAUUUAAACAGCGAUAUUCAGACACAUAUAUUUUUUAUAUAUUGAGAAUUUACAAUAUAGUAUUAAAGAUCCUUCGAAUGAUAAAAAUACUGCAAAGAUAUGCAUUGUCUCGUAUUUAUUAAACUUUUUGUAGCGAGUAGUAAAAUAUCUCCUACAAUGAAAGCUAUCUUUCUGCGUUUGGAAUUUGUUACGGAGUAAGAUGUAUUUUUAAAAGUGUAAUGUGAUACUUCUCUCGACGCAAUUAUUUCCAUUCUAAUAAAACGUUUUUCAUAUUUC